UCGUCAAUAUCUAAACAUUUAUAUUUGAAUUCAACAAAUAACAUCAAUAUUUAACUUUUAUACUCAUAAAAUAAAUAAUAUAAUAAUUUUUAUCAAUUAAAUUCACUCAAAUAAGGUCAUUUUACUUAGAGAUUCGUAUAUCAAUCAUGCCGAUCAUACCGAUGGUGUUACGCCGGUUUUAUGACCGGUAUCGAUUGAAUCAGGUACAACCGGUGGCACGCCGACCGGCGUGACAACCAUGACUUCUUACCAUGGGUCGGGUCCAUAUCCGCCUCGUUCAAGCACAAAUUGGAUUUUGUCUGCCCAUUGCAGGUUGGAUCGGGAAAAAUCCACAGGGGCGGAUCUGGUUUGCCAUCCCUAUCUGCCAGUUAUACUUGACAUACGUGGCCUUGUAUAUUAUGGUAUGUAACAGUCACGAACGGCCGAAAACAAUAAUGUAUUUGGAAACAGGAUGAAUGCAAAAAACAACUACUUUUUUGUUCCAAUAAAAAAGGGUAGUUCUCAUAGUUUCACACAAUUCUUUCUCUCUUUCUCCCACAAUACUCACACAGCGGCGGAUCCAGAACACAGAAGAGCCAUGAGCCGCAUUACAUUAGAAAAUUAGAAUCGUAAAAAAAUAUAAUGAUUAUGGUUUUUUGCAAUGUAAAUUGUACACUACUGUAUUUUAAUUUAGGGAAUGCAUCAAUAAUGAAGUCUACAUCUAUACCAAUAGUAUACACUAUUUCAAAUAAAAUACUUGAGCAAUCGGCGAGAAAUUCAUCGCUCAUUUUGUUGAGCAAAUCAGUUCUCACAUGUUUCAUUGUUAAAAAGGUUCUCUUCAUAGUAGCUGUUGAAACGAGCAGCAUCAACACUAGAUAAAUCAAUCGACUAAUCAAUUUGCAUUGUGUGUCGAUCCCUAUUCCCUGCACACCAGCUGCUUUAGUAAAUUUGUAAGGGAACAAACCUCAUAUUUCUUUUAGUCUUUUACGUUUUAAAUUUUUUAGAAUUUUAGGUUUCAUUUUUUUUUAAGACGCAUAAUCUUUGGAGCUAAAAUUUCUAGACUAAAUUUAGAAUAGUGAUUUGAAUAUGUUCAACUUGAUAAUUUUUCUAGUUAAACCCAAUCUUAUCAUAAAAUAACACUGAGUCGAAUGUCUAAAAUCAAAAAUUUCAUAAGGACUAUGUUGAGUGUUAUGGGCUUUGGCCCACCCAUAUCUCGGCAGAAUGGGUUUCUUAGGGCAGCCGAGUUUUGGUCUAGGGUUUCACCCUAGAAUUGUAUAUAUAUCUAUUUAAUGGAACCUAUCGAAGUUAAGCUGAAUAAGAGAUACAAUAGCUUCGGCCGUGGACUAGUCUCGUUCAUCCUGAACGGGGAAACCACGUAAACAUGUGUGUUCUCUACGUUUCCGUUUCGAUAUUUCCGUUUCGAUUAACAUGGUAUCAGAGCCUAUGUCUUCUGAACAGAUAACAUCGCGUUUGAACUCCAAGAAUUAUGCUGUAUGGGAGUUUCAAUUUCAGACGCUGAUUGAGGGGAAGGGUUUAUUGGGCUCGCUUGAUGGGACGGUAGCUCGUCCAACCACACCGCCGGCAACAAUACAAGAAGUACAACAGUGGGCAAUGACCGAUGCAAAAGUAAGAACUCUUCUCCUCAAUUCCGUCGAUGCCUCCAUCCUCCUGGGACUUCGUAUGCUUCCCAGCUCCGCUGCUAUGUGGACAUAUCUGGCGGAUACAUACCGCACCGUCACGGCAUCUCGGCAAUACGAGAUAGAGGUGGAAAUCGGAGAGAGCCGACGAGGACUUGGGGCGAGGAUGGUUCAUCCUGCCAUGUGAGGAAGAAAGCAAUUUCCCAACUCGUCGACCCCGCUGCGUUGCCAGUUUCGCCGUCUGAUAGACCAUUAGUUACACAUGUUUUCAACCCUGUUCUUACACCGUUUGAGAUCUGGUUUCUCGUGUUUUAGACCGAUUUCACGCUAGGUUGUGCUUGUUUGUGAUAUUUCAGGUCCUGGCAAGUGAAUGAAGGUUUAGGAGCGAGUUCGGGGUCGAUUGGGCGAAGAUCGGGCGCGAGGCAAGUCACAAAGGAGGUCACACGGGCUGCCCUGAUGAUCACACGGCCGUGUGAAGGAAUGGCCUGGCCGUGCGAGUUUUGCCGAGAGCACACACGGGCAGAGCAGACAAUCACACGGCCGUGCAAGUGAUCAGUCUGGCCGUGCCACAUUCUGCGAGAGCAAACACGGGCAGGAAGGGAAGUUCACACGGCCGUGCCACCUUGGCCGUGCAAGAAGCCUGAAAUUCAACUAAAUGAUACGUAGUGUUUUGACUCACACGAGCAACUGGGUGAGCUGCACGGACGUGCCACCCUGGCCGUGUGAGUCGGGAUUUUCUCCUUUUAAGCAGAAUUUCAGCCACAAUUCGGGGGGAUUCGAGUUUUUGAGAGAUAGAACAACUUCUAGAGAGAGAAAGUGACGAGCAAGAGUUCCCAAGUGCCCUAGAUUGAUCUUCAACACCAUUGGAGGCCAGCUUGAGCUUGGAGAAGUGCCGAUCAACGUCCAGAAGCCGGAAUCCAUCCUUCGCAGUAUGAAUUCCGUGUCUGAUUCUGCUUUUGCUUUCUUCUCCAUGGAGUAGUUCUCCCAUUCAUCUGGGUAUGGAGAACCCUAGAUUUGUAUGUUAGGCUUUGAUUGUAUGAACCCAAGUACUGAUUCUAUGAUUGAUUAUAUUCGAUUGAGGUUUUAAUGAUUGAAUGACUUAAAUCCUGAUCAAAUUCCUGUUGUUUCUGCUUUAACCUAGAAUAAGAAUAUCUGCCUAGGUUAAUAGAGUAUCCUUGAUUGAAGGUAGGGAGUUGGUGACUUUAGUCGAGGAACCAACUCACUAUUCUGUACCGGAUUUACUCCGGUAGUGGAGGUUUUGUUCUUAGGGCCUCAAUCUGUUUACUCCGGUGGAGGUUAGUCGCCCGCUAGAGACUCAGAUUGAGAGGGUCUGAAGACCUUUAGUCGAGACUUCAGGCUGUUUAAGAACCUUCCGCAGUAUAACUUUCAUAGAAACUGAACUUGGUAAUUACAAUCCGGCUUAACUGCAGUCUAGGGGGAACCAUAUCCGGGUGACCUCUUUAACCUGAAUACAACAGUUUACUUGCU